CUUCUCCCACUGGGUGGUGGGCUUUGUUCCUCUCUGACGGACUAUUCCUUCCACAGCUCCCAAGCCAGCCACUACAUUCCUGCCUCCUCUGUCAGAAGCCACAACAGCCACAGGGAACCACCUGAAGACGGUCAUACUCAGCUUCACCAUCUCCAAUCUCCAGUAUUCACCAGGCAUGGGCAAUGGCUCAGCUGCAUUCAACUCCACGGAGAGGCUCCUGCAGCACCUGCUCAGACCCUUGUUCCAGAAGAGCAGCAUGGGCCCCUUCUACUUGGGUUGCCAACUGAUCUCCCUCAGGCCUGAGAAGGAUGGGGAAGCCACUGGCGUGAACACCACCUGCUCCUACAACCCUGACCCCAUGGGCCCCGGGCUGGACAUACAGCAGCUUUACUGGGAGCUAAGUGAGCUAACCCAUGGUGUCACCCAACUGGGCUUCUAUGUCCUGGACAGGGACAGCCUCUUCAUCAACG